AUGGAUCGCUUUCAGAAAACACCGAAGCGGACACCAAAGCCAGGGGCCAGGAAAAGACGACCACCACUGGCUUGCGUUCAGUGCUAUGAGCGGAAGGUCAAGUGUGGCAAGCAGUCCCCAUCUUGCAGCCGGUGUGUUAGGGCUGGGAUUGCCGAGCAAUGCACGUAUCGCGGAGGCUCGGCUCAUCAGAAAGAUGUGAUGGCCAGCCCUGUCCGAUCUAACCAUCGGGACGCUACACCGGCGCCUAGAGUACUGUCGUCAGAGAAUGGCCUACAGCCAGCAACGCCGCCCGCACCUGCUAGAAUUAACGAAAUAACUCAUCUCCGACGCAGAGGCGGCCUCGUUCAGUUUUAUGGGUACAGCUAUCACAUGAACUUCUAUCAGCAGUUUCCCGAACUUCGAUCAUACAUUGCUGGUGUGAAAACUCGGUACCCUGGGAUAAACGUCGCGAGAGAUGAGGUCUUUCCGCCAGUUCAUGAAAGCACCACCUUUGAAAAGCACGCCAGCGUUCCGGUGAGCGCAGCCGUUCUGAAGGUCAUGAUACCAAGUAAAUCUGUGGCAGAUGCGCUAGUACAGACCUAUCUUGAUCGUUUCGAAACCACACAUCGCGUGCUGGAUCGGUCGGCUUUCAUGACCGAGUAUAAUUGCCACUGGAGCGGUUCCAUGUCAACAACCCCCUUCUUUAUUGCUCAGCUUCUUUUGGUCCUUGCGACCGGUGCCAGCUUUUAUCCCGAAACCUACCUCCAAAAUGAGUCCAAAACAUCAAUCUACAUGCAAGCCAUCAGGUGGAUCGACGUCGCUGAAUCGUGGCUCACUUCCUCCCCAGAUGUCAUGCCACAUUCUCCAUGUGCAAUUGCAUGUCAAUGCUUGUUGCUAAUUGCGAAGCGAGCGAACUACAUCCAAGGAAGCUCAUUCUGGACCAGCACUGGCGCGUUGAUGCGACUGGCAAUGGCAGCGGGGUACCACUGGGAGGUCAACCCUGCAUCUCACAUCUCACCCUACGAUCAGGAGAUUCGGCGGAGGCUAUGGACAACAAUCGUGGAGCUGGAUGUACAGGCCGCCGUAGAACGAGGAAUGCCACCCUCUCUCCGACCCAAUGACUUUCUGACGGAACGUCCUUUGCAUAUCAACGACGACAAGAUACACAAAUCCCUUGAGGAUGGGGGUGCUGCCUUGCCUAUGGAGACGAUGAGCGAUACCUCGUUCCAGGUUAUCUUGUUGAAAUCACUACCGACAAGACUUGCCAUAUGCUCGUAUGUGAAUGGCAACGAUGUGGCGAUGGAGUAUAAGCAGGUCCAGGAACUCGCGGAAGCGUUGCACAACGCAAUUCGUGAUAUCCCGGACUGGAAUAAUCGGGCAGCAGAUCCACGCCAGGAGAGGCUCGCUGUGUACUUGGGCACGUUGCUGAAGGUUUAUCUGUGUCAGUAUUCGCUCUUGCUGUAUGCCAAGUUCGGUUGCCAGUCGCCAGACUCAUUCCAAUCAGUGAUCUGUCGCAGAGCGCGUUUGGAUGCGAGCACAGCAAUACUGGACUGCUACCAAAGGCUCGUUGACGAUGAAAUUGUUCCGAAACAUACUUGUCAGACAGGGUUGAUGAUAGCGACCUUGAACAUCUGCCAUGAGAUUUAUCUUUCUCAUGGUCCUUCUAUCGGAAUAGCCACGUCGUUGGGAGUCGCACAUUAUCUACUUGGCGCGGUUGAGAAUGUGCUAGCGAUCUUGGAAACAAGGAUAAGCAGAACCCUGCAUGGCUUGAACGAGUACUAUCUUCUCAGCAUGAUCAUUGGUCUGGUUAAGACCAAGAUAUCCCUCGCGACAAGGUCCAGCAAUGACACGGAAGCUGCGAAUCGAGCAAUCCAAGUCUGCACUUUACUACAUACUGCGCGGGCUUCUUUACUCGCGUGUGACUCGCCUAUCCAACCAGUGUAA